AUGUCCAUAAUAUCAACAACAACACGAUCAUCAACUCCUUGUAACGUCAGCAUAUUCACAGUGUCCUCAUUCUACUCCGCAACGGAAACCAUCUUCCCCUGUCUCCACGUCCGCAUGCUUCACGAACAAUGCGGCCACAUCUCCACCCUCACAAUCCACGAAUCGCCCUGUCCAAGACCGUACUACGGCUGGGUCCUCGCUCCCCUCGGCUCCUCGACAUUACCAAGAGAGCCUCCAAGGAUACGCUGCGAGGGAAUGGAAUUCCACGUAGCGAUUGAGAAAGAUAAAUGUAAAAACUGCAAAGCGGUGCUGGCACUCGCAGCAGGGAAAACUAUGUGCGAGAAAUUUGGUUGGGGUAGGGCAACGAAGAGGAAGGAUCCGGUCGUCAGGAGAGAUAGAGAGAGGCAGUUGGAUGUUGGGGAGAUUGUUAAGAGGAGGGCGGAGUGGAAGAGAGAGGUUGAUGCUUGGAAGGCGAGGAGGUUCGAGAGGAUGCAGGAAGAGGCGAGAGCGAAGGGGAGGAUAUGA